AUGUCCUCCUCGGCCCUGGCAACACCGGCUGAUGCAACAACAACAACAACAGCAGCAGCAGCAGCGGCGGCGGCGCCUUUGGCGGGCGUGAAGGUGUUCCUCCACAUACGUGACCACGGCAAUGAUGAUGGGGGUGAUAGAACGAAGCACUACGCGAAGAAGGCGCUCCGCACACUUGGAGCUUCACUGACCCUCUCUGAAAACACAGCAGAUAUCAUCGUGUUUCACUUCGGGAAUGAAUCACUGCUGGAGAAUGCGGUGGCGCAUGGAAAAACGGUGGUGACGCCGGCGUACUUGCAAGCGUGUGUUGCCAGCGUGGCACGGCUGCCAGUGGAUGGGUUUCUUGUUGCUUCAGCAAGAGCCCGCCACGCUGUUGAUCCGCAGCGGGUCGUCAAGUCGACGAGAAAAGCGGCACGGGCUGUCGACCCGAGCAGUACAAGAAGCACACAACAGCAGACGCAGCACAAGAAGAACACAGCACCAGCGCCCUCUAAGAGCAAGCAUAACAGCAGAGAGGAGGAAGCGAAAUCCAGGAUGGCCUCUGCAACGACAUUGGCACUGUCGGAGGUUCCGUACCUUGAUGAUGGUGAUGAGGAGGAGGAGGAGGAUGGCAACCAGGAAGAGCCAGUGAUAGGUCCGAGUUCCUCUGGCGAUGGCGGUGCGAGACAGGUACGCACAGCAAUGUCCUCCGUGUUGGAUGACGAAGAGAAUACGGUGCCGAUGGCCCACGAGGACGCGGGAGCGAGCACACAACAGCUUUCUCUCAGCAAGGUGGCCGACAAGAACAGAGGCAGCAGCAAAGGCAAGGCUCCUGCGUCUGGUGUGGGUCCAUCGACAGCCGUCGAGGGUGUAAAAAAGCUUCAGCGCGAGGGCGCAAAGCGAGCACGCGGCAGUGGCGGUGGCAGACUGAGUAGGGAGGUCGCUACCUCCAAUCGCCGCCUGUCGGUGAAGACGCAGGCCGACUCGACGCCAGCAGGCAGAGCAGCAAGAAGGACAAAUGGAAGCGAGCGAACAUCGAGCGAAUACACGGACUCCGCAGUGGCACGAGACAAAAGGCGCAAGCAGGAACGCGAGGCCGAUGAGACAGAGUCAUUUGCUAUGACUUUCACGGACGCUCGCCUCAUCUCCCCGUUGUUUCCGUCGUCAUCUUCGUCGUCGCCGCCGCCGCCCCUCCGCAUCGCCGUGUCUGGUGAGGAAGAAGGUGUCAUGCAGUUCCUCUGGGACGUGGUGGAGCAAUUGGGCGCAACAUGUGUUCCGCGUGUGUUUGGCCGCGUCCAGAAGCCGACCCAUCUUGUCGUGGAGGGGCGUGGCGAGUUGACGCCGAUGGUGCUGCUUGCAAAGGCACUCGGCAUCCCUGUGCUGACGCCGCAGUGGCUAUACGACGCCAUUGCACUGGGUGCUAUACCGAAGAUCAUACCCGACCACCUACACCCCCUUUACAAUAAUAAGAGCAGCAGCGAAAGCAACAGUCAAGGUGGGCCACUCAGUGGUGGGGAGGCCUCUCGUGGUGUGGUGCCGCACCCAACGAAGAAAGAUGCCGAGUUCUUCGACAAGCUUGUUGGUAUUCUCGAGAAGGAUGUUGGACCGCAAUACCGCCCCAUCUUUCUUGGCAUGGUGUUCGCCUUCGUCAGUCACUCCCCGCUGGCCCACGCCGAUCAGUUCAUGGAGCUGGUUCGCAUUCUCGGCGGCACCGUCUCGCGUAGCGCGCUUAGUGUGAAGCUGUCGGUUAUUAUUGACCUUGGAUACGGCGCCGUCACAGAAGAAGAGGCAGAGGAAGGUGCAGAAGGCAGCGGAACGGCGAGCGCGAAGAGGCGAAGGACGCAGCGCAGAGCCGAGCUGCCGAUGGAGGAAGUUGCCUCUGCACUGGAGACGCAGUCGCUCGCACUGACGUACCGAACGGCGCUGAGCGAUGGCGAGUGUGUGUCGCGCCACCCGUCGCACGACGUUCUGCGGCGUGUCGUUGCGCAGCGAGUACGGAGUGGGCUUGCUGCUGUGCCAGUGGUGUCAGUGGAGUGGAUCAUUCAGUGCAUCCUCCUCGGCGAGGUCACGGAGAUGUCGCCGUUUGAAGUUCCACUCCCAGCAAGCAACCCAACAGCAGCAGUGGUAGCAGGGGAAAGUGAGGAAAGGCAAGAGGCGGUGGAAGACGCCUCAACGCCGCCUGGACAAACAUUGACGAUGCAGUUUGAUAACGCCAAUGGGCGUUUUUUGGAUGACCACAGCAACACCGCCUCCUUGCGACUGCCGCCCAUCGUGACCAGUCCGUUUGCGAAGACGGCGGAGGGGCCGAGUAGUGCCAAGAAGCGUGCGGAGCAGCAGUUGACCACGCAACAGCUGCUUCUCCUGGAGGAGAGUGACAAUGAGUGA